GCGUUGGGCUUCGGCGAGAGAGAGAAAAGCAAAACAACGUUUUGAUCCCAUUUGCCGGCUGCUUGCAUUUUUAGACCGUAGUAAAACACGAUCUCCAUUACUGCAACAGGGAGUUGUAGUCCACACAAUACUGAUAAAUGCAUUGUAACCCGUUCUGCACUAAAAUCAACCGAAAGCUGGUGAUAUCGCUUUAGUUACAUUUAAACCAGGUUGAAAAUGACUUCCAAACGCCUUAUCGAGCAGUCUCGAGCCGGCGAAAGUGCGCACGAGGGGGGCUGCGUCGGACAGCGCGACCCUGUCAUCGCAGUGAUGAUAGCGACACGCGAGAACGGAGCGUUGAAUGGAAAAGCUUGUAAAAUAAACGCGCUCCAGGAAAGUGCUUUUAAGAAUUCAGGCAAGGAAACCUCUCCGAAUGGACAUUUUUAUACCUCAACAGGAGAGAGGCACUACAUUCAUAAAAAAUUUGCAUGUGGCAGAGAGGAGGAUGAACAUAGCUCAGCAUCAGGUGGGCUCAUUAAACAAGGCUGUCCUGCUCGUUGCCUGAUCUUAAAUGGCCACAGGAUACAAGACCAAAUCAACAUGGAGGUUCGGAGCCCAGUAGGAGGGCCAGAGGAGCUUGGAUGUCGUCUGCCAUCCCCCAGGUCCUCGCACCCGUACAUGUCCUCCAUCAUCCCCGUCCCUCAAGACAGGAGGCCUUCUGGUCUUGCUGAUAAGGAGGUGUUAGCCGCCACCGUCCUGACCACACUGUCCACCAGCCCACUGGUGCUAAACCCCGCCCCCAGCAUCUCAGGUGUAGAGCUGGCAGCUAAAGGCUGGAAGGAAAGCCUGUCGGCCAGCUACAGCAGCUCCACCAGUGGGAACUGGAGCUGGGACGCUAGUGACCAAUCAGUGCCCUCCACCCCAUCCCCACCUCUUUCCAAUGAUGCCGGAAAAAGCUUCCUGCUUUCUCAGAGUGAUGACAACAUUGAGGAAACUGAGAGUACACACUUCCUGUUUGAGGACCCCAUCCCCCGGAAACGAAAGAAUUCCAUGAAGGUGAUGUUCAAGUGUCUGUGGAAGAACUGUGAUAAAGUCCUCAGCACAUCCUCAGGGAUCCAGCGGCACAUUCGCACCGUUCACCUGGGGCGAAAUGGAGAUUCCGAUUACAGCGAUGGCGAGGAGGAUUUUUAUUACUCGGAAAUCGAGGUGAACAUGGAUACGCUUUCCGAGGGGCUCUCCAACCUCACGCCCACCUCCCCCACUACAUGCGGGCCGCCCCCUGUGUUCCCUGUCCUGGCUUGUGAUGCAUUUCGCUCUGAGCCCGCCCAUGUCAUCAACACCCCACUCAGCCAAUCAGCGCCGUCCGCGCUGUGCCACAUCCGCACUGACCACGCUUACCAGGCCACAACCCCUGUCAGCAUUCCCAGCAUGCCCUCCGAACCGCCUCACAGCGAGGACAGGAUCAGUGUAUCCUGGCAAUCGCCCCCUGUUAUAUUUAAAGGGCUACCGGGCCCGAUGACUCAAAUCCGCACUGUUAGCAUUGGCGAGAAGAGACAACCUGUUAACCACACCACCACCACCACCAGCAAAACUCACACCAGCAGCACCGCCACUGCCAAACCAAGUAAUGGAAGCAGAAAACCCCGCGGUGAAGCCAAGAAGUGUCGGAAGGUAUACGGCAUGGAGAAGAGGGACCUGUGGUGCACGGCGUGCCGUUGGAAGAAGGCCUGCCAACGCUUUACUGACUGAGCUUUGAACUUUUUACUCCCUCAAACUGUGCUUCUCUAUCACCGGUGUUCCCACGAAUCGAGCACCGCUUGUUGUCCGUACUCUCAGAAAUGACUUGCGAGAGCUUGACGUAAUGUCCUUCUGAGGGACGUGGCGUUUAAACGUCACCGUUUCCUCCGAGCCACAAGAGGGUGCUCUUGUUUUUCCUACAGCUUCCGUAGCGGAACACUGAGAUUUUAUUAAAAAAUAAAAAAUAAAAAUACUGCAGAAAAAAGAUAAAAGUGAAAAAGGUUUUCGAAAAAAUAAGCAUAUCGGCUUUUGCGUUAUAUGCGUUGUUAUAUAAAGGCAAAAAGGAAGAUUUUGCAUACGAAAUCCAGAAACAAGACACUUUCAGAUGCAGGUUUUGUCGUUUAUUACAGUAGCUGAAGCUUAUGCUGAAGUUUAUGUGUGGCAGACUUUAUACAUGGCAGUUUUUACUGUUGUAAGCUAACGUUUGCGAUUUUGUAUUGAGUGAGUGUUUUGAGCAGUUAACCUUCUUAGCUAUGGUUACACCUAUCCAACAAAUCAAAUCAAUGUUUGUUUUACGUGGACAAAAUCGCUUUUUGUAAACUUUGACAUUGUUUAAAAUCGAACUCGGCAAACUGUGUAUGGAUUUAACGCUUUGUUUUGCCUAUAAGCACUUUUUAACAGCCAUGAAAAAAUUCGCUUUCGUAUUUUGAUACACAUUUUAGCAUCGCUGUUUCGUACUGGAAAUCACGUAAAGGAUUCUCGCGCACUUGACGCUUUGGUGUAACCGAGAACUAUUUCAACAAGCUUUGCUAAAGUUUCGUCUCAUAAUACCUCUAAAGAAAAAUGAGCCUUUGAGAGAGAGAGAGAGAGCCUUGUGUGUACUUCAGCACGAGCAGUUGUAGUGCAAGAAUGUAAAAAUGGCCUCUCUUCACGCUAAUGCACCGAAAAUCAUUUUGCCCCUUCCAGUUUAGCAGCCUCUUCAUAAGCUAACAGGUUUAUUCCUAUCAGUCCACAGUAUUAAUUUCAUGGCAGGCACUUUACUUCGCCAUAAACCUUCAAAUGUAAGACAAUCUACUGUUGAGGAAAAUGUUUUAGCCCAAUUAGGAUGUAGCGUUCGUGCAUGUCCAACCAGCUACAACAAGACAUCCCUACUGUAUGUUGUGUGAGCCAGUACCGCAAUACCUAGAGCUUUCCACACAAAUGUACAACUUCCUGCAUAUGUUGUGUAGUCUUUGUGGAAAAUCUGUCCCACACUGCACUUUCUAUAAAGUCAUUUUUUACGUCUAAUUCAGCACAUAGAUAAAACGUAUACGAAUGAUCAGUACUGUUUUGCACCAUACAGAAGUCUGAUAUAUGUAAACACGUGGAACGGUGUGGCAAUCAAAAGUUUACGGACACCUUGCAGAAUCUGGAAAAUGUUGGAAUAUUAAGAUUUUUGCAAAUUAUGGAUUGUUUUUUAAUUCCGUUCUGCCCUGAACAAGUUAUAAAAAAAACAAAAAGUUAACAUAAAGUUUGUACUACAGAAUAAAACAUGAAUUUCGAAAAAUAACCCAAAAGUUACAUACACCUGAUUGUUAAAGGGACACUCCACUUUUUUUAAAAUCUGCUCAUUUUCCUGCUCCCCUAGAGUUAAACAUUUGAUUUUUACCGUUUUGGAAUCCAUUCAGCUGAUCUCCGGGUCAGGCGCUACCACAUUUAGCAUAGCUUAGCAUAAUCCAUUGAAUCUGAUUAGACCAUUAGCAUCGCACAAAAAAAUAACCAAAGAGUUUCAAUAUUUUUCCUAUUUAAAACUUGACUCUUUUAGGCACUGCGUAAUAUCACUACGCCAGCAGUAAAGUCCUUGAUUGUUACGCCAGAAUGAGAGUAUAGUUCCUAGCCAUAAUCACAACUUUUAAUUUUCUGUUAGUCUUAGUACAUGAUGUAACUACAGAAGAGUCAAGUUUUAAAUGGGAAAAAUAUUAAAACUCUUUAGUUAUUUUUUAGCGCGAUGCUAAAGGUCUAAUCCGAUUCAAUGGAUUAUGCUAAGCUAUGCUAAAAGUGCUAGCAGCAGACCCAGAGCUGAUAGCUGAUCCCGUUCCCCUGUCUCUAACCAACACUUUCCUGUCGACUUUACUGUCUAAAUAAAGGCCAAAGAAGCCUAAAUAAAUAAAUAAAAAAACUAUUCACAGGUAAAAACUUAAAAUAGUAAGUUGAAUUGACUUGCAAAACCAAGUUGUUUUAACUAUAUGCUUCAUUUUUUGUCAGUAAAGGCAAAAUUGCUGUUUACUAUGGAGGCUUGACCUAAAAAAGAUGAAAGAUGUCUUCAUGGCAACAUAUUGUGUUGACCCAAGGACAACAUUUUUGUAAAUAAACCUUAACCCACCCCCAAACCUAACCAUAACUGAACCCUAACAUUAGAGGAAAAUGAUAAGUGAAAAGUAAUGGUCUAGAAUUAACUUAAACUUGAAACAAACGGUAAACUUAUUUCUGAAAUCUGAUUGGUUGAUUGAAAUUGGUCAACAUAAUGUUCAACCACUCCACAAAAUCAGGAGAGCAGCUGUGCUGACAAGAAAUUUGUAAUAUAAUUCAAAAUUACACUGAAAUAAAGUAUGCAUUCGAUUUAAUCAUUUUUUUAAGGUAAGUGGUUGCAAUCAAUUUAUUUAAGCUACAUUUAAACAAAAAAAUUGAAGAAAAUAAAAUAAAAACUUUUGUUUAAAUGUAGCUUAGAUUGUAUCGAGCCCCUAAGGUGACAUUGGAGUAAAAAAAUCUCACGUUUAGUUUCAUGUGCUCACGCGAAACGUUCAUGUGCUCACGCGAAACCUUCAUGUGCAGAAUUUUUUUUUUACGUUUAGUUUCGCGUGCUCACGUGAAACUAAACUUAAAAAAAACUUCUGCACAUGAAAGUUUCGCGUGAGCACAUGAAACUAAACUUUAUUUAAUUUUUGUUCCAUGUCCCCUUAGGGGCUCCGUAAAAACACGAUACAUGAUACAACAUAAUAAUAAACUGAUUUUAUAAUGUUUGUCAAAACAUUCUCGUUUUGGAACCAAACUCUUUGUUUGCACAUUUCUUGACUCCACAGCAAACAGAGCAAUUUUGCCUUUAUUGUCCCGGUACUUAUGGAGGGCACUUUUUAAGCGACAUAUAGUUCCAAAAUGGACAACUUAAUUUCCUCUGUCACAAGUAUGACUACAUAUAUUAGAUUCUACAUAUGUGCUUCAUGUUUUGCACAUAUACUUUAUAAUAUACGUCUCAAAUCAAACUGUUUAAUUUGAACACAGGGUUAAACUUUUAUAUACAAUUAACUUAUAUGUGUUCACAUAUCAGACUUCUGCAUAUGUGUAUGUACAUUCUGACACGUCUUCAAUUGUGCUAAACGUCCUCUUUCUCUUCACAUAGAGAUGAUCAUGUAAUGUCUUUGUGUCCGUAUGCAUACAGCUGGGUGGACACGCAAUGUGUUGUCUUGACCCAAUUCAAUAAGCUGUUCACAUGUUAGCGCUUGAAGCUUACAGUGACUAGACGUGUAAAUCUGAUCUAUUGGAGAACAUUAAACCCUGACUUUUUAUCUCAUAGUUUUAUUCAAUCAUCUUGUUGUGUCAGAUCAAACAAAAGCUAUUAAUGCUUUGUAAAUGACGGGAAUCAAAGACACAUUUGGCCAAGUUACAUAAAGUAUGCCAAAUGUCAAUCAAAGUGUAUUGUUCAAUCACAGCUCGGAGGAACUCUUCUUUUCUCUUUCCCAUUGGUCAGAAAGAAGAGCGCGUCCGUCUCAUCAUCAUCAUCAUCAUAACCUUCACUAAGUGCCAAUGAGAAGAACAAGAGGGGAAAAUUGAAUUGCACUAACUUGUACUGCACAAAGCGUAUAUAUAUAUAUAAAUAUAUUUUUAUGAACAUUUUCUUUUAAGCAGAAAUUGAAGUUUUUAAAAAGACAAAGUUUAGUGGUUAUAUGUGACCGCCAUCGUUUUAGGUUUUUAUUGGGUCAGGGAUGGGGUCUGUUCACCGACCUCCCAACGAAUAAGCUCACUCGGCGGUAUUUUAUGAUGUCGUGCCCGUUUUUUGCGGGUCUUACAUUAGAUGUCCGAAGGUUUCUCGCCCGCCCUCAGUGAUUUAACUACAGGCCUCAUAAUUUCAAGAUAAUAUCGUUGUUUUGAUAUGUGAUGGCUUUACCCUUGUGAACGAGUCAAAUAGUGACGCUUAAAAUCAAAUCGUAUCAUUUCAGGGGGUUGAGCCAAAAUCACUGUUUUGGCCACUUUGCCAAGACUCGGAUUUGAAAAUGCUGGGUUAGCGUUGGGUCAAAAAGGGACAUACGCAACCCACUGGGUUGUAAUUUAACCAAUGCUAGGUUGUUUACACCCAAAAUGCUGGGUUAUUUGAACCUAUUGUUGGGUCAAGGAUUUUUCUGGGUUAAUUUAAUCCAACGGCUGGGUUUGUCUCUUUUUGAUUGAAAUAACCCAGCGGAGCGUUGAAACCAAUAGAGAUUGCCUUUUUGUGUCAUGAAUAUAAUGUGUAUAUAUUCAUUGUAUAUUUUGGGGACGUGGGGAAAACAUCAAAGAAUGUAAAAACUACAAAAUUCAACGCCUGUUUGUUUUCAUCUCCUGUCCCGCAUCAAUUUCUGUAUUUUCUUUUAAUAUCAGAUGUUUUCUUAAGUUGUGCUUUUCUGCACUUGCAGAACGCUUUCAUGC